AUGAGCACAACAGAUUAUCUCUGUAUAACAGACAAAGAAGCAAACAGAAUUUUACAAGAAACUAGUGCUUUUUAACCAGUUUUGAUGAAUAAUAUCUGCAUUAUGCUUCCCUGAAACUGCAGUGAGAUGAUUAAAAAACAGUUCACAGCCUCCAUCUAUCCUGCUGAACAUAAAGCGGCCAGAUAUAAGCAGCUUAAGGAAUGGAGGAAUGUACUGGCACCUGCUUGUCCCAGGAAAACCACAGUGUUUUUGUGUAAGAGGCGACCUACAGGAUUACAGCAAGAAUUUCAAUUUCACAGUCUUUAGCUCUGAGCUUGAACAUGCAGUCAGGCUGGCUAGCAAAGUCAAAAAUAUAUCUGUUCCAGGUCCUGCUUGUGUUGGAUUAAUCAUUUUUAUAAUAUUUAACUGACUUCUGCUUUAGCAAUGAGGAAAUUGUGUGUGGAAAUUAUUUGUAUUGGAUGCUGGACUGUGGAAUAAUAUUGUAAGGAGAAUAGGAGCAGUUGGAAGAGUUUUGGUACCUGCUUAUUAGACAAGUUUAGCUGCCUGCUUUGAGUUUAGAGAUCGCUUGCGUUCUACUCAACUGCCAAAAUGAUGGAAGAAGUGUCUAUUGCUGUGGCCUAUGAUGCCCAUACUUUUGACCAGAUGUCCGAGGAGGAGAUCCUGGCUAGUCUAGUAGUGGAGACUCUACCAAAGCAAGUGGUUCCCUCUAAAAAGCCAAAAUUAAGAGAUAACCAAGUGCAGCCAGAAGACCCACUCGACAGGUACGAGAGAGAAAACCUUAAGCUUCAGGAGACCAGUUUGCGCCUGGAGCAGGAGAAUGAUGACCUUGCACAAAAACUCGUCACCAGCAAGAUUGCGCUGAGGAAUGCUCUAGAUCAGACCGAGGACCAGGUGGAUGAAUUAACCAAGGAGCUAAUGAAAACCAAACAGCUUCUGAUGAUUACAGAGGAGGAGAAAAAGGGAAAGGAGGAGGAGGCUACACAGCUGAAAGAGAUGUUUAGGAAAGAGCUGGACAAAGCAGAAGCAGACAUUAAGAGAUCAAACAACAUCAUUGCCGACUACAAGCAGAUUUGCUCUCAGCUGAAUGCUAAGCUUGAAAACCAGAAAGCUCAAGCAGACAAAGAGCUGGCAGUUGUCAAGAGCAAGAUGCUGGAGUGCGAGCAGUGCAGACACAUCUUUAGUAUGGAUGGAUCAAUUCAGCUGUGCUCUGAAAAUGAAGAAAGCAGUGUUCAGGAUGAAGUCAAAGCCUCUCUCAGAGAACAGGUCCAGGUGUUAGAGAAAGAGCUGGCUCAGACCAAGCUACAAAUGGUGGAGUCUAAAUGCAAGAUACAGGAGUUGGAACACCAAAAUGCAGUUCUGACGAGUGAACUUCAGGCAGCUAAAAACACGUGGCUCAGAAAAACUCUGGGCUCUUUCAGGACAGCUGCCAGCAGCCAUCAGAACUCAUCUCAAACAGAUCCUGCCUGGAGUCCCGCUCAUAACCCCCACUCCAGCUGGGUCACCAGAAGGCUCUCCUGGGCCCAUCGAGAAGGGAGAGCAGCCAAAGUAUGAAAAGGUUAAGCAUACUGGUGGAGAAGAAAAGUAUUCAGUAUGAGCACUCCUGAAAUGAGUCUCACAAAUUAUGAGAAAGCUAUUCCCUCAAACAAGCGGACAUUAUAGAUCCGCAUGGUUGCAAACACUGGGAAUGAGCAGAUUCUCGAAGGAUGGGUGACAGCGGGAAACAAUAUCUGCCCUUCUAGAGAUGAGCGCAUCAGAUCAGUUGCUCUUAAGGCAAUCUCACAUGAAGACUAUAUGAAGUUUUUGUAUUACUGCGUUCAAAUAUAAUGUAUUACAAAAAUCAUCACUAUUAUAAGUGUUUUGCCAGUUAACCUACAAAUUGUGUUUGAUGUGGUAACUUCUAAGUGAAACUUCUUAUUGAAGUUCACCAAAUCCACCUAACUAGUAGGUUACAUCAAUAGAAUAUUUUUGAGGGUUAGAUCAGGUACUAAUUUUAAGGUAAUAAUUUAAGGUAACAGUUGUCUUCUAAUGCUUUUAUGGUCCACUGUUGGUACUGUACAAUGUGAAUGCAUUUCUUUCAUUAUCUUUUCCAACUCAAUGAAGUAAGGACAACUAUCAAUGUAACUGCAUUAGGGCCUUUAUUUUAAUUCAGGACUAUUAAUUGUUCACUCAAACUGCCAAUAAAGCUUUGAAUAUAUUA